CCACUCUCGCUCGGUCGCAUCACACCUCACCCGCCUGCGCGGCUGGCCUGCGUCACCCGGACAAGAUGGAGACCGCCGAGGAAGACAUAUGCAGGGUAUGUCGGUCUGAAGGAACUCCCGAGAAGCCUCUCUAUCAUCCAUGCGUAUGCACUGGCAGUAUUAAAUUCAUUCAUCAAGAAUGCUUAGUUCAGUGGCUCAAACACAGCAGAAAAGAAUACUGUGAAUUAUGUAAACACAGAUUCGCUUUCACACCAAUUUAUUCCCCAGAUAUGCCUUCACGGCUUCCAAUCCAAGAUAUAUUUGCUGGACUGGUUACAAGUAUUGGCACAGCAAUACGAUACUGGUUUCACUAUACGCUUGUGGCCUUUGCAUGGUUGGGAGUUGUACCUCUUACGGCAUGCCGUAUCUACAAGUGCUUGUUUACUGGCUCUGUGAGCUCAUUACUGACGCUGCCAUUAGAUAUGCUGUCAACAGAGAAUUUACUGGCAGACUGUUUGCGAGGUUGUUUUGUGGUGACAUGCACACUCUGUGCAUUUAUCAGCCUCGUAUGGUUACGUGAACAAAUUGUCCAUGGAGGAGCACCACAGUGGCUGGAACAAAAUCAGCAGCAAGCUAUUAAUGGUGUCGGGCAACAAAAUGAGGUUCAGGGUGUAGGAAAUGGUGGAGCUGAAAAUGCCGCACUUGACCAGCCUGUGGACCAGCCUGCUGAGAAUGCAGUAGUUGGUGAAAAUCCAGAAAUCCAAGAAGAACAACCAGAUGAAGAAGAGGAAGAAAAUGAAGAUGAAGAAGAUGUAGUGGUAGAAGAUGCAGCAGAUGCAAACAAUGGAGCACAAGAUGACAUGAACUGGAAUGCUUUGGAAUGGGAUCGAGCAGCAGAAGAGCUUACAUGGGAGAGAAUGCUUGGGCUUGAUGGAUCCUUAGUUUUUUUAGAACAUGUAUUCUGGGUGGUGUCAUUAAACACACUAUUCAUACUUGUCUUUGCAUUUUGUCCCUAUCAUAUUGGACACUUCUCUAUUGUUGGGCUGGGCUUUGAAGAAUACGUUCAAGCAUCUCACUUCGAAGGCCUAAUCACAACAAUAGUUGGCUAUGUUCUGCUGGCAGUCUCAUUAAUUGUUUGUCAUGGCUUGGCUUCACUCGUAAAAUUUCAGAGAUCACGUCGCUUGCUUGGAGUGUGCUAUAUAGUUGUCAAGGUGUCGUUGCUAGUGGUGGUAGAAAUAGGUGUUUUCCCUCUCAUCUGUGGCUGGUGGCUAGACAUAUGUUCUCUGGAAAUGUUUGAUGCUACUUUGAAGGACAGAGAGUUGAGCUUUCAGUCUGCCCCUGGCACUACAAUGUUCCUUCACUGGCUAGUGGGAAUGGUCUAUGUCUUCUACUUUGCAUCCUUCAUACUCUUGCUGAGAGAGGUCCUGAGACCUGGCGUCCUUUGGUUUCUGAGGAAUUUAAAUGAUCCAGACUUCAAUCCAGUUCAAGAAAUGAUUCACUUGCCUAUUUAUAGGCAUCUCAGGAGGUUUAUUUUAUCAGUGAUUGUCUUCGGGUCAAUUGUCUUGCUCAUGCUUUGGCUUCCUAUACGAAUUAUUAAAUAUCUGCUGCCUCAUUUUCUUCCAUAUAAUGUCAUGCUUUACAGUGAUGCUCCUGUGAGUGAACUUUCCUUGGAGCUACUUUUGCUUCAGGUGGUAUUGCCAGCUUUGCUUGAACAAGGACACACGAGGCAGUGGUUGAAGGGUCUUGUACGAGCAUGGACUGUUACUGCUGGGUACUUACUGGAUUUGCAUUCUUACUUACUUGGAGACCAGGAAGAAAAUGAAAACAAUGCAAACCAACAGCCUAAUAACCAGCCUGCUCGCAAUAAUAAUAAUGCUAUUCCAGUCGUGGGAGAAGGACUUCAUGCAGCCCACCAAGCCAUACUACAACAAGGAGGACCUGUUGGUUUUCAGCCUUAUCGCAGACCUUUAAAAUUUCCACUCAGGAUAUUUCUGUUGAUCAUUUUCAUGUGUAUAACACUGCUGAUUGCAAGUCUUAUCUGCCUUACAUUACCAGUAUUUGCUGGCCGUUGGCUGAUGUCCUUUUGGACAGGGACCGCCAAAAUCCAUGAACUCUACACAGCUGCUUGUGGGCUCUAUGUUUGCUGGCUUACUAUUCGGGCCGUGACGGUUCUUGUUGCAUGGAUGCCCCAAGGCCGCCAAGUGAUUUUUCAGAAAGUUAAGGAAUGGUCCCUCAUGAUAAUGAAGACAUUAAUAGUUGCCAUAUUGCUGGCUGGUGUAGUUCCACUCUUGCUUGGACUUUUGUUUGAGUUGGUUAUUGUUGCUCCUUUGAGAGUUCCCUUGGAUCAGACACCAUUAUUCUACCCAUGGCAGGAUUGGGCUCUUGGUGUUCUGCAUGCCAAAAUAAUUGCUGCCAUAACUCUAAUGGGUCCUCAGUGGUGGCUGAAAACAGUUAUUGAACAGGUUUAUGCAAAUGGAAUUCGAAACAUUGACUUACACUUUAUAAUACGGAAGCUUGCAGCACCUGUUAUCUCGGUUUUGUUGCUUUCUCUUUGUGUACCUUACAUCAUAGCUUCUGGUGUUGUACCUCUACUAGGUGUCACUCCUGAAAUGCAAAACCUGGUACAGCGUCGAAUUUAUCCUUUUCUACUCAUGGUGGUGGUUUUGAUGGGAAUCUUAUCCUUCCAGGUUCGUCAGUUCAAGCGCCUUUAUGAACACAUAAAAAAUGACAAGUACCUUGUUGGGCAACGACUUGUGAAUUAUGAACGAAAAGCUGGGAAACAAGGGACAUCACCUCCGCCACCUCAGUCUUCACAAGAAUAGAAAUGGUCACAUGGAAUUACUUGAUCUUCCCUUGCCUUUGUGUCCUUUUUCAUAGACUGGUCUUCAUUCUUUGGGUGUCUUUCCCAACAGUCCUCUCAGCUGGGUUUUUAUCUCUUAAUUUUGGCUUCCUUCUCAUGGCAUUCAGAUAGCAGGCAAGGCUGUGCACCUUUUUAUCUGCAUUUUCUGAAGUUAUCAGUGCUGAGAUCUGUAAAUGUGUAAAUAGCAAUACCCAUACCCUAAAACCUUGGAUUAAAACGAAUGUUCAUUGUACAUCUUAAAGAAUAUUAAUUUAUUAAAUCUAGUUGUCACUUUAUUUUGGACUGCUGUUCUGUUGACAUAUGUGCCACAAAGCAAUACUGCAAGAGGCAAGACGUGUAUUU